AUGCUUGGAGAUCCGAGUGAUUUUUAUAGAGGAAAGAUAUUUGCUGGUCCAAUGGUUCGCGCAUCAAAUCUUCCAUUUAGAUUGAUGUGCCUUGAAAAUGGCGCAGAUGGCGUUUACGGACCAGCCACGAGUGUAGAUUCAAUUCUUGCAAGUCAUUAUGAUGAAAAUGAAGACCCGUAUACAAUGUACUUCGGCUGGCCAAAGAAUCCACAUGUACAUUUCCAUACUGAUCCAAAAGAAAAAGGAAAAUUAAUUUUCCAAAUUCUUACAAAUGAUGCAUCCAAGGCAGUACAAGCAGCUUCAGUAGUUGUAAAGUUUGCUGAUGCUAUUGAUCUCAACUGCGGAUGCCCAGAAAGUUUUGCUACAUCUCGUGGAACAGGAAGCUCUCUUAUGAGCGAACCAGAGAUCGUUGCUGAUGUUGUUUCAGCACUUAGACGCAAUUACAAUGUACCAAUUUCAGUUAAACAUCGUAUUCAUCAUAAUAUCGAAGAAUCAAUCCAAUUUGCAGUUGCAUGCGAAAAUGCAGGUGCUUCAGCAAUCGCCGUUCAUGGCAGACUAAAGGAACAAAAGAAUAAAGGCUCUGUCGCUUACGAUAACAUGAAACUUGUAUUCGACCAUUUACACGUUGCAAAAAUAGGAAACGGUGGCGUUAAAAACAGAGAAAUGGCCAAGGAAAUGAUGGAAAAGACCGGAUGUGAGUCUGUUAUCAUUUCAUCAGCCGCAUUAAAGAAUCCAACCAUUUUCUCAGGCCAUCCUGAAACAGAUCCAGUAAAACUCGCUCGUCGUUACUUAGAAAUCGCAAAGCAAUACGGAUGUUCUGAUCGCCACGAAUACAGAUGGUCUGUCAAUACAAUGCUUGGCAAAUAUCGUCAUAUUACAAGAUCUCCUGAUUACGAACCAUUUACACACUUAGAAGAUCUCGAUAAAAUGAUUGAAUACAUAAAUAGAGAUGGGGUCUUCCCAAUGCCUCAAAAUCCAACUGAAACUGAAGAUGAUGAUUAA